CUCCCCCUGCAUCCCCAUCGGUCAGCUGCACCUCAUGGCCGGGUGCUACCCCGAGGGAAGCGGUGGACGGGACCGUCCCGAGCUGGAGCCGGCACUGGGCCUGGCGUCCGAGGGAAGCGAGAGCAGCCAGGAGCGCCCGGCCUCGCCUGGGUCGCCGCUCGAGAACAACAGGAAGCGGGCGCGGCCUGCCUUGCACGAGGACAUGGAGAUGGGGGGCAGCGGCUCCCGCGGAAGCGGGACAGAGUCCCAUGGCAACGAGUCCCAUGGCAACGAGUCCCAUGGCAACGAGUCCCAUGGCAACGAGUCCCACGGCAACGAUUCUCAAGGCAACGAGUCGGUCGGCAGCUCCAGCGGAAACGGCAAAGACUCCGCCCUGACAGAGUCUUCAGAAAGCAACGAGAGCUCCAACUCCCACAGCCCGUCUCCGCCCAGCAGCUCCACCGCCUUCAGCCUGCUGAGCUCUGAACAGGACAACCCGUCCACCAGCGGCUGCAGUAGCGAACAGUCGGCCAAAGCCAAGACGCAGAAGGAGCUGUUCAAGACGCUGAAGGACCUGAAGAUGCACCUGCCGUCUGAGAAGAGGAGCAAGGGGAAGUCCAGCACGCUCAACACGCUGAAGUACGCGCUGCGAUGCAUCAAGCAGGUCAAAGCCAACGAGGAGUACUACCAGAUGCUGAUGAUCAACGACAGCCAGCCCCCCGGGCCCGACGUUUCAUCUUACACCAUCGAGGAGAUCAACAGCAUCACCUCGGAGUACACACUGAAGAACACGGAUGUCUUCGCGGUGGCGGUGUCGCUCAUCCCAGGGAGGAUCGUGCGCAUCUCGGACCGGGCGGCCGCCAUCCUCAACUGCAAGCGGGAGGUGUUCCACAACGCCAAGUUCGUGGAGUUCCUGGCGCCGCAGGACGUGGGCGUGUUCUACAGCUUCACCACGCCGUGCCGCCUCCCCUCGUGGAGCACGUGCACCGGAGCAGAGUCGUCUCCCACAGAGUGUAUGCAGGAGAAGUCCUUCUUCUGCCGCAUUAGUGGGGGUAAGGAGCGAGAGGGGGCUCUGCGCUACUACCCGUUCCGCAUGACGCCCUACCUGAUGAAGGUGCAGGAUGCCCAGCUGGCUGAGGACCAGCUCUGCUGCCUCCUGCUGGCCGAGAGGGUGCACUCCGGCUACGAAGCGCCACGAAUCCCUGCCGACAAGCGCAUCUUCACCACCACACACACGCCCAACUGUGUGUUCCAGGACGUGGAUGAGAGGGCCAUCCCUCUGCUAGGCUACCUGCCCCAGGACCUGAUCGGGACCCCCGUGUUGCUCAACCUGCACCCCAGCGACCGGCCUCUCAUGUUGGCUGUACAUAAAAAGAUCCUGCAGUUCGCCGGCCAGCCCUUCGACCACUCGUCCACGCGCUUCCGCGCCAAGAAUGGCGAGUACGUGACCAUCGACACCAGCUGGUCCAGCUUCGUCAACCCCUGGAGCCGCAAGGUGUCCUUUGUGAUCGGCCGCCAUAAAGUCUGCAUGGGUCCCGUGAAUGAGGACGUGUUUGAUGCACCGGCGUUCCACGGAGGAAAGAUCAUGGACUCUGACAUCCAGGAAAUCAGUGAGCAGGUCCAUCGAGCGCUGCUGCAGCCGGUGCACCACAUGGGCUCCAGCGGCUACGGGAGCCACGGGAGCAACGGCUCCCAUGAGCAGCUGCUGAGCGCGGGCUCGACCAGCGACGGCACGGGGGCCCUUGCUGGAGGCCCCGCCACCGCCACAGAGGACGAGACGGCGCGGGCCAAGCCGCGCACCUUCCAGGAGAUCUGCAAGGGGGUGACCAUGCUGAAGAACCAGGACCCCCUGGUGUGCCUGCAGCCGCCCGCGCCCUGGACCCCCAGGCCCGAGCAGAGGCUGAAGGCCGCUGAUGCAUCCUUUCCGGCUGCACCGAUGAAUCCCCUGGUCCGUCUGAAUGACCUGGUGCCCCCUCUGGUGGCCAAGGACAGUACUGCAGCCAGCAUGGAGAACCUCCCCUGUAAAGACCAGAGCGUUUACUCCUACCAGCAGAUCAGCUGCCUCGACAGUGUCAUCAGGUACCUGGAGAACUGCAACAUUCCCGGUACGGUGAAGAGGAAGUAUCAGUUCUCCUCCCACACCCCCUCCUCCUCCGUCGAGGAAAAGAAGGGCUCGGAGAACGGUUUCCAAGGCCCGCAUGACACCCACCAAGGCUCCAUGAUGCUCAACGCUCGCCCAGGGCCCCCCUUCAUGAAGGGCCCCAAGAAGCCUCUGGCGGCCCUCCCCCUGGCCCGCAAGGCGGAGAGCGUGGUGUCCAUCACCUCUCAGUGCAGCUACAGCAGCACCAUCGUCCACGUGGGGGACAAGAAGCUCCAGCCCGAAUCUGAGAUCAUCGAGGACGUGGUGGAGAGCCCUGCGCCCCCUCCCCCGCCCGCCAGCGUGGUGGAGUCCCCGCCCAGCCAGGAGAAGGAGGCCUACAGGCGCCUCGGCCUCACCAAGCAGGUGCUGGCGGCGCACACCCAGAAGGAGGAGCAGGCCUUCCUGACCCGCUGCCGGGAGCUCGGCGACGCCCACACCUUCCAGAAGGACUGCUCCACCUACCUGCACCGCCACCGCACCGCCACCAACGCCGAAGAAUCCUCAGGGGCCCGGGGGCCACACAAGCAGGGCGCCGGCCGGCCCGAGCCCGGCGCCAGGAAGGGCGGCCGGAACAAGAAGUCAAAAAAGCCCCGCAUGAAGCGUCCCGACUCGUCGGACGGCGCCAUGUCCGACCGCAAGCCCCGCUCCCCUCUGCAGGGCCUCAACCAGACGUCCUGGUCACCGUCGGAGGCCUCCCAGUCGGCGUUCAGUGUCUCGUACCCGGCCCUGGUUCCGGGUUACCCGCUCUCCGUGUACGCCGCCGCCCCAGCCCGGUCGGCCUGCCCGGAAACCCCCCUCUCCGGCGGCUUCGCUGAGGUCCAGAGCAGCCGGGCUCCUCCCACCGCCACGCCCUUCGCGGCUCCCAUCGUGGCGCCUGUGGUGACGCUGGUGCUGCCCAACUACCUGUUCCCUCCGACGGCUCCGAUGGGCCUGAUGGCCGCGGCCCCGAGUCCGGCCUUCUUCCCUGAGCAGACGCAGCCCCAGCCGGCGUACAGCGCCCCCCAGCCCGCGUUCGUCCCCCAGCCCGCGUUCGUCCCCCAGCCCGCGUUCGUCCCCCAGCCCGCGUUCGUCCCCCAGCCCGCGUUCGUCCCCCAGCCCACCUUCAAGGCCCCGCAGGCGGCCUACGCCUCCACACCGCAGCCUUUUCAGACGCAGCCCGCCUACAGCCCCCAGCCGCACUUCUCCCUCGCUCCCCAGGCGUCCUUUGGCGUGCAGACCCAGUUUGUGACGCAGGCCCCCUACCCGGCCAGGCCCUUUGCCUGCGCCAUGCGCGCGGAGACCCCGACGGUCCCGGACCCGGACGGGGCGGCGUCGCGCUCCUCCGCGCCUGCGUCGGCCGGCCGCGAGCCCCCCUCCUCACCGGCCCCGCUCUCUGAGUCGCGCCUGCUGAGCAUGGAGGAGACACAGCGCUCCGCGGAGCGGCCGGACGCAGGGCCGCCGGCCGGACCGGGGCCCCCCGUGUGCGGGGAGAUGGGCGGUGUGGUUGUAGUGCGUUGUGUACGGGGGUGCGUCUCUGACGGUCGCUCUCUCUCCUUGUGCUCGCAGGAGGAGGCGCCUGAGGACGGGGCCCAGAGCGACGGGAACCUGACCUCCAGCGACCUGCUGGACAUCCUGCUGCAGGAGGACUCCCGCUCCUGGACCGGCUCGGCCGGCUCCAUGGGCUCCGGGUCAGGCUCCCGGUCGGGGUUGGAGUCCGGGUCUGGCUCCCGGGGCUCCGGCUCCAGGGGCUCUGGCUCGGUCUCCAGGUCGGGGGUGGGGUCCGGGUCAGGUUCGGGCUCCAGGUCCAACGGCUGCAGGACCUCAGCGAGCGGGGCAUCCGGGAGCAGAACUGGAAGCCGCAACACUAGCAAGUACUUUGGCAGCAUGGACUCCCUGGGGCCCGACCCCAGGGUAAAGGCCAGGGCCAAGCUGCGGGGCGAGGCCGGCUCGGAGGCCGGCCGGCCCCUUGCUCCGGGGGACCGGGAGAGCCUGGCCAGGUACAGGCUGCAGGAACCCCUGUGGCUCCUGGGGGCCAACACUGAUGACCAGGUCAUGAUGACCUACCAGAUGCCUUCCAGAGACAUCCAGACGGUUCUGCGGGAGGACAAAGAGCGGCUGAGGCUGAUGCAGAAGAGCCAGCCGUGCUUCUCGUCGGAGCAGUGGAGGGAGCUGGUGGAGGACCACCCCUGGAUGAGGAGGGGGGGCCUGCCCUCCACCAUCAAUGUCAAGGAGUGUGUGUACUGUGAAGACGGAGCCACGCACCCUUCUGCCGAGGAAGACCACCCAGAAAUGGACCUUGGGACAGGGUAGAGGAGAAGGGCCGACAGGACCAGACACAGCCGCCCACGAGGCCGGACCUCAGCCCGACUUAGGGUCAUAGACACACACACACACACACACACACACACACACACACACACACACACACACACACACACACACACACACACACACACACACACACACACACACACACACACACACACACACACACACACACACGAGGGGAUGACAUGCACCAUUGCCAUGGCAUCAGAUGCUUACAUUACACCACAUUGAAUUACAUUGCACACACAUGCACCUGGGCGUCUCUAUAAACAUGAGGUAUAAACUGACGUGCCUUGGGGACUUGCAUGGCAACACUGUGCAUCGAACAAUUUCACGUGUGUGGAACUCUCCUCUUUGCGGCCAUUUGGGAUGGCGUUGAAGCUGUGUACACGUGUGUGUCUAUGUUUGUGUGUGUCCAGGAGCAAUUAUGUGUGAUAAAUAGGAAGAGGUGGACUGCAGACCGCAGUACCAAUCCCCUCCUUCCAGGGGGCAGUAUGCUCCAGAUUCUGAAGGCAUUGUCCAACACACUGUUCUCUGCUCAUGAAACACAAGCCCUCACACAUGUUCUCUCUAAUACCUUUGGUGCCCAACUUGCGUAGCUCAUGACUAUAAUCAUGCGAAAAUGCCUUCGUUUUUACGAGCUCAGGCUUAAUUGUAUUAUUGGUACUUAUUAUGGAAAUAAUUUCUGAAUUUUAUUAAUGAAUUACAAAACAGAUUGCCACUUUACUGGGCAAAAUAUGCCCUUUACAGACUUUGUAUAUGUUCUGUGGACGGUCCUAGGCAGAGCGAUGAGGCUUUUUGGUGCAGGUUACCAAGCUCUCUAGUUGUUCCUUCCUGGGGCCAGGUAGCAUUGGCAGGCUGUUCAGUGGCUAGUCUAAAGAUACGCUUAAAUCAAGAAAGUGUUUCAAUCAAACUCAUCCACUUAUCCCCGCCCUUUAUUUAUGUAUUGUUGCAGAGAAAGCACAGAAUUUUGACCAAAGCUCAGAAAGGUGGUUCGACCUUUUGAGCUCCGACUUACAGCCGAUGAUUUAUCUUGGGGAAACAACAUACAUACAUAUAUAUAUAUAUAUAUGGGUACAACCUCACACAAGCUACUGUUAAACUCAUCCCACUGACCACGGGGAACUCCUGUAUUAUAUGGCCAUUGGCCACAGCCCUGCAUCGGGGCAGGGCUGGCCAGUGAAAAUGGUGAAUGACCACGCUAGUGUCAUUCAUCUUUUUGAGUGUUUUUAUUUAGUUUUGUGGCUCAGGAUGGUAGGAGAAAUAUGUAAUGUUUUUUUUGCGUCAUACUGAAUCAAUAACCAGUGAGCAGCGUUGCACACAGUGGAUAAGUCACAUGGGCAACAUGGUAUCAGAGUGCUGAAAUACACAUUGGUCAAGUGUGACUAUUCAUUUUAUUUAACCUAUUACAAAGGUCACACAAUCACAGCAACUGUAAAGCCUCCUUAUUGGUCCCUUGGGCAUUACAAUAAGCUAUUUUGCUCAUAUUCAUAUGUUUAUAAUGAGCUGCUUGUCGCCUCGUUAUUGUUAUUUAUUUGUUUAUUUAAAUCAGACAGUCAGUGGUUCCUAUGGCUAUGUCUUUGUGGAAUAAAAGAAAUUGCUUCAAAAGUUGACCUCAUUGUAAAGGCCUAUUCACCAUGUUGAAGUUGUAUUGUACAAACCAGGGUACUGUGAACUUUAAGAGGUCGUCUCCGUCCUCUGGUUCACCAGCCCCAUGAGUUUAGAGCACCUUGGACUGUUUAGACUAGCAUUAAGCACUGAAGCGGAAUAUCGGAGGACUGCUGCGUCACAGCGGUCGAGGAUACAGAAAAGCAAAUCACCAUAGUUACCUUACACCCAGGGGGUUUGAGUGUGUGAUGCACAAACGCAUAUGCAACAGAAUGUGGGAAGUAGAGCACUGGACGUGUUAAUGUGUUAUUGUGCUCACCGUAAGAGGGGAGCUAUGCUCAUUAUGUUAAAGACAUGGGGACUCUGGGAGGGUCCAUAUUGGCUCCAUCAUUCAGUUUAUGAGGACUAGGAACAAUUGUGGUGCGGGGGAGCAUAAGAGAGGGUUGUGGGGGUAGGGGCGCUAUGAAUCAAGUCAAGGCCCUUGGGUUGUGUUGAGGUGAUUUGAUAUCCCUAUUAUUGUGGCAUCGUUUUAGGUCAUAUUUUUCUUCUCUUCUCUUUGCCGCCGUUUUCUCUUUGUGUAGCUGUUGAGCUUUUGAUUGGGGUUUUGGGAAAUUCAAAACAGGAAAGUGCUUUAGGAGCGUUAUCGGGGAACUACCUCUGAUUCUGAAAAGAGAAUUAAACCCCAACCUUUCCACCUUUACUGUAUGCGCUAUGAAACGUACUAUUACCUUUGUGGGCGCAGCGCGGUGAACAGGGUGGAGGUACCUUGUGGAUUCCUCUCGGUGGCCUCCAUGUACCAAGUCUGUAAGGAGAAGACCCUUGUUUGACUUAAGGUGUUGCACCCACCUCAUACAAGGGCCUGGCCCCCCUCCUUCUAUGAGUAUAUUGUUUUUUUAUCAAUAUUGUGUCCCACAUUUAUUUUGGAGAUUAUUUUUGAGUUCCGGGGUGUUACAAAUGUUUGUUGUAUUUUUUAUUACCUUGUGACAGAAUUGGUAGGGCAUCACCUGCUAAAAAUGUUUAAAGUAUAUGUGUUUAAUCAAAGCCUUACUCGUAAGGCCGUAUCAGGAUAGCCAUUUUAAAAUGAUUUCACACGCAGUAUGAGACCAUGUUUUAUAAAACUGGCACGUUUUCUGUGCGGUUUUUGUAGGUUACAAAAUGUGUUGAUUGAAACAUGAAGAUGAUGUAAUAAAAAUGGCAAAAGCAUUAUA